GCUUGUAGGUAUUAUAGGACUUUCUCCUUUUCUCACAACCACGUUAGACGCGACUCGAAACGGACGUGCUGUGCGACAGCUCUCAGUGACGGAUAUCGGGCGCCGUAUCCGUCCACCGUGCAAUAGCGAUUUUAUUUUUCGUUUCCAAUUGACCACGUGAAUAUAUUACUAGUUUUGGAAUGAUUUUAGGCAAUUUUGAAAGCAAGAUGCAUUUUAUAAUAAGUUGUAUGAAUUUAGCAGAAGUGGUUGUUAAACACACAUUUUAAGUACACAACUUCGUUAUUACAAAGAGUGAUUCAGAAGACAAACAGUUGACUCUAUCCAAGUGCGUAGACUCCGAGCAAGGAUAACAGAAAGUGAGAAAGGUUUCCUCUUCUCCGAUUGCCGAUAAGGAUUGGAGAGAAGAAAAACAGCCGUAACCAACAAGCAAGCAAACGUUAUAGUUUGUAAUGUUCCAAUGGGACUCAUCCGUCUAUUUCGGACCGAGAAGCUGUGAUUUCCAAGUGUUUUAGAGGCAACUACAGUCCAACACAUACAACAUGGCGGAAAACGUAAAGGUUGUGGUCCGUUGUAGGCCGAUGAACAAGCGCGAACAAUCAUCUGGAUGCAAGAACAUCACUCAAAUCGACAACUCGACGGUUAAUUUGGACAAUCCGAACGAUUCGAGCGCUCCGCAAAAGUCGUUCAAGUUCGAUAGCGCCUAUGGUUAUGCAGCGACGACAGAGAACAUUUAUAGCGAAAUCUGUUAUCCAUUGAUUGAGAGCGUCCUCGAGGGAUACAAUGCAACGAUCUUCGCGUACGGUCAAACGGGAUGCGGAAAGUCGCACACCAUGCAGGGAACGACGUACAACGUGUCGGCCGCAGAUCCGAACAACGCCAACAAUAUCGGCAUCAUUCCGCGAUCGUUCGAGCACGUGUUCGAAGCGAUCGCCGUGGCGAGUGAUGUGCGAUACCUCGUGCUGGUAAGUUACCUCGAGAUCUACAACGAAACCAUUCGCGAUCUGUUGGCACUGAAUUCCGGGGGUGGUGCCAAUCUUGCCAUCAAGGAAGUUCCCGGUGAAGGCGUCACAGUGCAAGGCCUGUCGAUGCACACUGUUCACGGGAUGAAGGAGUGUAUUGAACUGUUGGAGAUGGGAGCGAAGAAUCGAAUAGUUGGCGCAACUCUAAUGAAUAUCGAGAGUUCGCGAUCGCACUCGAUUUUCACGAUAAGCUUGGAACAGAUGGCGACCGGUGCUGGACAAGAAGCUGCGAUAAAGCGGGGGAAGCUGAACUUGGUGGAUCUGGCCGGGUCCGAGCGGCAAAGCAAAACAGGAGCAACUGGCGACAGGCUAAAGGAGGCGACUAAGAUCAACCUCUCCCUCUCGGCACUGGGGAACGUUAUCUCGGCUUUGGUAGACGGCAAGACCAAACAUGUACCUUACAGGGAUUCCAAACUGACGCGAUUACUGCAGGAUUCGUUGGGUGGGAACACAAAAACGCUGAUGAUUGCUUGUAUUUCACCAGCGGACUUCAACUAUGAUGAGACGCUUUCGACACUGCGUUAUGCGAGCAGGGCGAAGAACAUAGCCAACAAACCGAAGAUCAAUGAAGAUCCAAAAGACACGAUGCUCAGAGAGUAUCAAGAGGAAAUUCAACGGCUGAAGCAAUUGCUUGCAAUGGAAGGAAAACUGUCGGUCGAGAAUGGGAUUUCCGCAGGUGAUAUGCUCGAGACGGCUGUCUUGUCCGGCGCGGUCCAAUCUACGUUCGAGGACGAGAAACGUAGGCUGAAGAACCAGUAUGAUACGGAUGUGGCGAAUUUUAGGAAGGAGUAUGAACAACAGAAGAUCGCUAAACAAGAACUUGUAAAGGAUAUUGAAAAAAUCAAAUCGUACUACGAAGGACAGAUGCAGAAGUUGGUUGCGAAGAGGAAUGCAGAGAAGGAACAGGACGUUGCAGUGAGUGUAGAGUUAGUGGAUAAGGUGCCAGUAGAUAAGCAAGAAAUCUAUAACCGAAUUAAGCAAAUCAAGGAUGCGUUGAUUGGUGGCGAACGAGCCAACGACAUUCAGUUGAAGGAGAAGCGCUAUCGAAACAAGUUGGCAUCCGAGAAACGAUUGAAUGCGUUGGCACAGGUGAUAAGUAGGGUGGAGCAAAGCGAGGAUCGGGACUUACUACAGGGUCACUAUACGGAUAUACAGCAGGAAUUGAAGGUACGAUACGAGCAGAUCAGGCAACAACGGAAGAAGAUUAAAUCACUGGAGCGGGACAUCUCUGAUAUUCAGGGAGAGUUCCAGACGGAUCGGGCUGAUUAUUUGGCCACAAUCAGACUGCUGGAGAAGAAGAUACUGUUUUACGAAGCGGUGUUCCAGAAGGCUUUACCGGUGCUGCGGAAAGAUGGCCGCUACUGGAAUCUGGAGGGUCUAGAGCAGGAUUCGGAAUGGAGUGAUGAGCUGAAGAAGUGGAAACUACCGGACGAUACGCUGCUCAGGGUACGGUUUCCUCCAGCGGAUUCCACACAGCCCCAGCAAUUGACGAAAUCCCCGUCAAAAACCGGUCGCGAUAGUCAAACUUCCCUCACGGCACCGGGCCGGCUGGAACGGAGUUCCACUGUGAUCCUUACCAAGUUGCCCAACUGUGAGAGCAACUCGUUGCUAGCCGCCGAUCAACCCCGGCGGAAAGAGUUUCUCAGCAAAAGCACCAACUGCAGUCCAUUUCCGAAGAUUGAAGACGUGGCGGUAACGUAUUUCCGGCCUCGGCGGGCAGCCGAGCUGGUGUACCGGAGCGGGUGGGGAGGUUUGCAGAAAUAGUUUAGAGUUUGUUUAGAGCUGUUGUUGCGUUUUCGGAUAUUUUUCAUAUUGCAAGCAGACUUUAUUUUUGACAAGAACGAUUUAUUCAGAUUAUAACAAAAAAUUUCAAUGU